CGCAGGCGAACAAGCGAGCGAGUUGUGUUCAUCUAGCAGCACCAUCGGUAACAUGGUGGGUACCCUACUGCUGCUGCCGUCUUCGUCGUAGUGCGUUUCCACUCACAGACUAAUCGAACGCGGAUCCCUUUUGCCUCAGCUCGAUAGUCGAAUAUCUCUUUUUCGGACGUGUGAGUCUGUGUGUGCAAGCAGUAGAGUAUCGCAAAAAAGGACGGUCUUUUUCUCGGUCUGUCGGUCGGUCGGUCGAACGGUCAAAUCCGGAUUUGGUGCCAUGAAAAUUCGACCCGCUUGAGUCCGUAACGGUUACGGCUAGUUCGGUUACUUGGAAUCAGGUGUGGAGAAGUGUUGUGAUACUGUUUUUGUAGUGCGGAGGAAAACAGUCAAGAUCGGCAGAUUUUAUCAGGAAAUUGGAUAAAACGGGUUGGGACAUAACGUGGCCAAAUUAUAGUGAAUCUUGACGUCCUGCAGAAAAUGAAGUAAAUAUCCGUGGAAAGGUUCGCCAGCGGUUCCACGAAUAGCUGAAAAGUUUACGUGGAUUGUCUAUCAAGGUGUGCUUGUGGAGGAAUCAUUCUUCGAGUGAUGCAAUUGUGAAGAACCGUGAUUUUUUCCUGACAUUUCUGGAUUAGGUGAAAAUUAGUCAUGCGACGGGCCUGGUCCUACUUUGGGCCAUCUAGAUGGAGUUCUUCGACUAAAAUAGCCUCACUUCGAGCCGCGCCUGCCCGUAGUGUUUAGUGUGUUUUGAUAGCGAUCGGAUCGGGAGCCCGAUUGAUGUGCGCGCGCAGCACUGUUCGCGAUCGUCGCCGGUGACUUCCUGAAUGCUGCGUCCAAUAUCAUCGUCAUAAGGGGCGAAGUUGUGGUGUUGUCUGUGGUGAUGCGACGAUGAAUACGCGUCGAAAAUCGAUGCGCUUGCUGUGAUUUGCCUGUGAGAGGCCUGGGCGAUACACCUCGAAUCCGCAAACGUAUGCGUAACAGGUGAAAGAGGUGCAUUGAAUGAAAAGUCACUUCUUGAUCGUAUCGUAUUGGAAAAAUAGUGCUUCAAUGUAAGAGCGGAGUCAGCUGAAAUUCAUCAUUCACAAUACCUUUAGGAAAAGCAAACGUGAUCACAGUAAUCGUAGAAAAAGAAAGAGUGAAAACGUCAGUCAAGUAUUAUCUAGCCGAAAUUUACGAAAAGUGGAUCAACAUCAUCUCAGUGAGCGAAUACAAGCGCAAAAGAAAAUCGGAAAACCACGUAAUCGUUGCGCGAAGUGUGAGUGUGGGUGUGUUUGUUCUGCCGCGGAUGGCGAUCGUGCGAUGUGUUGCGAGCAUGCAGUAGUGUGCGUGAGUUAGCCUGCCAGAACAGCAGUCAUUUGUUACUGUUAGUGUCAUUGUAAAACAUCAUCAAGAAGAUAUAGAAGAAGAAUCAGAAGGAGUCGUCUCCCUUCCUAUAUCAACACCACUACCGAAAGAAAUUCAGCAAUCACUACCACCAAGAAGAAACCAACAGCAGCAACAACAACAACAAAAGGCAGUGUAACAAUGUCGUCCGGAACAUUCGUCGACCGAAUUGAUCCUUUCGCCAAACGUUCGCUCAAAAAGAAAGGCAAAAAAUCUCAGGGUUCAUCACGGUACCGAAGUUCACAGGAUGUCGAACUGCAGCAGCUGCCGUCGCUGAAAGUGGACUGUUCCAGUUUAGAGCAGGAGGAACUGUUCAUCCGGAAGCUGCGGCAAUGCUGCGUCUCGUUCGACUUCAUGGACCCGCUCUCUGAUCUCAAGGGCAAGGAAAUCAAGCGGGCGGCGUUAAACGACCUGUCGGCGUACAUCACACACGGCCGCGGUGUGCUGACGGAAAACGUCUAUCCAGAAAUUAUCAAAAUGAUAUCUGUGAAUCUAUUUCGAACGCUCCCGCCCAGUGAAAACCCGGACUUCGAUCCAGAAGAGGAUGACCCGACACUGGAGGCGUCCUGGCCCCAUCUACAGCUAGUGUACGAGGUGUUCCUACGCUUCCUAGAAUCGGCCGACUUCCAGGCAACCUUCGGCAAGAAGGUGAUCGACCAGAAGUUUGUGCUCCAGCUACUGGAACUGUUCGAUUCCGAGGACCCGAGAGAACGUGAUUUUUUGAAAACCGUAUUGCAUCGUAUAUAUGGCAAAUUUUUAGGAUUACGUGCUUUUAUUCGAAAGCAGAUAAAUAACAUAUUUCUACGUUUUAUAUACGAAACGGAGCACUUCAACGGAGUCGGCGAACUGCUCGAGAUUCUGGGAAGGUAGGUUUCGUGGCAUUCAUACACGCGUAUAUAAGGUAGCAAAGAAAGCCAACAAUAAUUGAUUGAAUCGUAUUGGCCUUCAGAGGCAACGGAAUCGAUUAGCGGUAGAAGAGCGCUUCCUGUGAAGGUCCUUUUAGUCGACACCAUGUGAGGUGAUAUCGAGCGACACCUUCGCUGGGACACAAACCGAUUUAUCGAUUCUUCUGAAAGCGAUGACGACGACAAAGACAGCGCAGAGUCGUUUUCUCAUUCGUAAAAGCAGUGGUUCUCAACCAAAAUGAUUAGGUG